AAGAAAUUCAGAACAAGUGGAUGUUUCUCCCGAUUUUAUCACGCGCUCUUUCUCCGUUAAGUCUUGUUUUCAGCAAAGUAUUCGAUGUUGAAGGAUGGGCCGCCGAUUUGUAUCUUUCCCAUUACUGAAUGGAACGUUUCUAAUCAUUAUGUUCACAGGUCACUGGGCACUUGACUGCUUCAAGUGCAUUUCAAAAGCUGGCAAGUACCCGCCAUGUGAUGAUCCUUUUCACAAUAAUUACACGCAAGAUAUUCUUGAAAGCCCUUGCUGGGCCGGAAGGAAACAAAGGAAUGGAGUCUUUCCUGCAACAACAUGUGUCAAACUGGCAGGAAUAUAUGAUGAUACGGGCGAAACAUUAGUCGUUCGAGGCUGUGCCGUCGACAGUGGAACUCUGACAAUCGACACUGAGUUGGUCCGCAUGAGUCAUUGCGGAGGAUUUUAUUAUGAAGAUCGUUACGUUCGAGGGUGUGUUCAGAACUGUAUGGACGAUGGCUGUAAUACAGCAUCGAGUGUCACUCAUAUAAAAAAAUUCUUGAUAGUAGCAGUAGUUUUUUUAUCUCUUAAAUGGACUAACUAUUUAUGCAGAUAACUUUCAGAAUAGAAUCUUUUUGUUCGAAGAUCUAGAUAGAGUUUAAUUACAUAAUUUGCAUAUCUGUAAAUCCUUUUAAAGUCUACAACAUAUGACAUCUAUUAUAUUUAAUCACUUAGAAUUAUGAGUUCUAUAGUUUUAGCGGCAAAGCAAUGAUUGAUCAUAUGUUAUGAGUAAAUCAUUUGACCACAUUGUUCUGGUAAAAUGUUGAUAUAUUCAUUAAAAGGAUAGGUUGUAAUUAAAUGCUGUAUUUUGUUUUUAGCUCAUGAAAAUAUGCAACCAAAGUGAAUAUACAUGCAGGUGUAAAUAAUUUGAC